AUGUCCCUUGAGAAGACAAAGCCUGACGCAGGCUCCGGCUAUGAUGUCGAUAUUCUGGAGGCGCAGAGGAAAAGGCCACUGAGCAAGUGGGAGGCUUUCUACCGGGGAACAUUGUUUCAGAUGCUGGUUACGGGUGCCGUCGCGUUUGCGGGACCUGCCAUGGCGGACGCACUCUCCGGACUUGGUGGAGGAGGUCUCGCCACACCAUACGUCGCCAAUGCUAGCAAUUGCGUCUACUAUGCACUCAUGGCUGUGACAUGUCUGGUCGGUGGACCGAUAAUCAACCGUCUCGGCGUAAAGUGGUCUUUGGCCCUUGGCGCGAUAUCCUUCCCGCUCACGGGCUCAUCAUUAUACGUCAAUUCUGAGUAUGGAAUCCAGUGGUACCUCAUUCUUGGUCAAGCGCUCGCUGGUAUUGGUAUGGGAUUGUGGUAUGUCGCCGAGGCCGUGAUCAUUCUGAGUUACCCCGAGAAGAACCGGAGAGGCUUCUAUUUGGCUCUAUGGAUCGUCUCGAGGAACCUCGGUCAACUUGUCGGCGGUGCCAUCAGUCUGUCCACCAAUGUGAACUCAGACUCAUCGGGAGGUAUCGCCACAUCUACCUACCUGAUCUUCGUCGGUCUCGAAUGCAUAGGCUUUCCGGCUUCUCUCUUGCUUUCACCACCAGAGAAAGUGGUUAGGUCAGACGGUUCGGGUGUUCACACGGCAGUAGGCACCCACUCCUGGAAGAAAGAGUUCAAGGAGUUGUGGGCUGCUGCCAUCGACAAGCGGACACUCCUACUCAUCGGCUUCUUCUUCUACUCGUUCUUCUACAUAUCUGUCUACGGCACCUUCCUCUCAAACUACUUCUCCGUUCGUGCUCGCGCCCUCUCGUCUCUCAUCUCGCCUGCAUUCUGCAUCUUCGGCUGCUUCUUCCUCGGAUGGGUCCUCGAUAGGCCAAACCUUUCGCAACGUACCCGCGGCACGCUUGGAUUCAUCAUCGUCGUCGCCUCCGCGGUAGGGAUCUAUAUCUACACCUGUGUAGUUCAGGCUGGGUUCAAUGCCAACAACCCCGGAACGUUCGAUUGGUCGUCGCCGGGCUGGGCGAGGGCCUUCAUGCCUUACUUCUUCAUCAAUACCUUCGGACCCAUGGGACAGUCGUACAUGUAUUGGUUGAUCUCCUGCUACGCAACCGAUGUCCAGUCCAACGCACGCCACGCUGGUGUAUUCCGUGCGUUUGAGGCCGUUGGCCAGGCCGUCAGUUACGGUAUCAACUCGCACGCGAGUAAUCUUUUCAUUGGAUUCGGUCUGAACUUCGGCCUCCUUGUAGUCGCGUCCCCAUUGAUGUACAUCGUCGUCCGUACUAUUCCGGAGAUCAUGCCGAUGCAGGUGGAAGAGGAGAAGGAUAAGGAGAGGGCCGAAGCUCUGAGGGCUGAGGCUGAGACUGUGAAGUAGUCUUUUUUGGUCGUCAUGUAGCUUAUGGUUUUUUGUAUCCUAGAGGAUAUAGUAAAAGUACGAUUACGCCUUUAUAGAGCU